AUGGCCGAGCGCCAGCAGAAAAAGUCGAUAGUCAUUGUCGGCGGUGGUAUCAUUGGCUGCUCGACCGCUUAUUUCCUUACCCGCCAUCCAAAAUACAAUCCAGACUUGCACUCAAUCCAUCUUCUCGAGGCUACAGGGAUCGCCAGUGGCGCUUCAGGGAAGGCUGGUGGUCUGCUGGCUUUGUGGGCGUAUCCAUCGUGCCUGGUGCCACUCAGUUUCAAGUUACAUUCCGAACUCGCAAAGGAACACGGGGGUGAGCAGAGAUGGGGUUACAGAGGUGUGGGUGUCGGCCAGGUCGACUUGAAAGGGCGCCAUGUCAGUAGCCAGGCGAAGGUACUGGCUCAGCACGGACCUGUGGAUGGCGAGGUAAUGACUGGGAAUGGGACGACGCAUCGGCAAGGUGAGGAUAUCAGAGGAGUGCACCGACCUGAUGUCGCCAGCCAUGGCAACGUCGAUCCCACUCGCGUCAGUCUCCAGAAGCGGAGCAAGGAAUCAUACAACAAUCUACGGAGUAUGGGGCUUCCGGAUGAUCUCGACUGGGUAGCGGAAGAAUGUAUCAUGGGAUACGACUCGAUGGGAUCGCCCAGGGAUACCGCGCAGGUCCAUCCGUAUCAGUUUACCACGUCGAUGGCGAAGCUUGCAGAGGAAAAGGGCGCCAGGGUCAUUUUGGGCAGCGUCAGCAAGAUCGAGCCUGCCUCUAGCAAAGAAGGAGGCGAGCAUAAAAUCAAAUACACCGACACCUCAACACACGAGGAGAAAUCCCUCCUCGCCACAGAUGUCAUCAUCACCGCCGGGCCGUGGACCAAGACCGUCUGGCCCGGGUCCCCGAUCGGCGCAUUGCGCGCCCACAGCGUGACCAUCCGGCCCUCAAGACCAGUCAGCGCAUACUGCCUCUUCACAUCCCUAUCUUUGCCCAAGAACUUCAAGGAAGGCACAAAAUCCCGCGCUGCUCACGUCACGCCGGAGAUGUACGCGCGGCCGAACAAUGAACUCUACGCGUGCGGCGAGGGGGAUCACCUUGUGCCCCUGCCCAAGUCUACGGCUGAUGUCCAGGUCGAUGAUAGCCGAUGUCAGGACAUUGUGGAUUACUGCGCGAGUAUCUCGGAUGAGAUGCGCGAUGGAAACGUGCUGGUUCGCCAGGCGUGUUACCUCCCGCAAGUUGAGACCGGUGGUGGACCACUGGUGGGCGAGACGGGUGUCAGGGGUGUGUAUAUGGCCGCGGGACAUACCUGUUGGGGAAUCCAGAAUGGGCCUGGCACGGGCAAGUUAAUGAGUGAGUUUGUGUUUGAUGGGAAGGCGGUGAGUGCCAAUGUGAGUAGUUUGGAUCCUAGGAGGGUGCUGAGAUGA